CACAGAAUUACAGUUUCUUUAGAAACUUGCCCUCUAUAAACUUUUAAAAGAUAAUUAUUCAAACGUCAUUCAACUGUGAACCUUGAAACGUGCGAGGAUUGAUCUAAAAUAAUUCAAAAUUUCUGAAGGAAAUUCAGCGCACAAUAAUUAGCGUUGGUAAACUGUUCAAUCGGAAUCAUGCUCGAUUCUGAAAGCUCGGCGUUUAUAAAAGAACUCGACUACCACUUUGAAACUUCAGGUGCAAGAUUCGAGCGGCUACCGAAUGAAAGGAAUUUAAGGAACUUGGCAUUUCUUUAAAGUGUUCAUCGUAGUCUGUUCUUGUGACCUCAUCGUGGUUGUUCUGGGUGGAUCCAUGAGGAAAUUUAGGGACUUCAAAUCCGAGUGUGAAAGCAAACAUUGGUUUUUCUUUUACGCUGCAAACGAUGGGCCGCCUGUCGUCUUUGGUAUGGGGCAAAUUCAUCGCCAUCAGAGCGAGAGCAGCCACAGUUGUCGUAAUUUCUGAGGUAGAGGAGGAAUGAUGGUGCCGUGUAGGUACGCACGGGACAUGACUUCUGGCAGUUUGGCAGAAUGCGGAAACAUUUUACGAGUUCCUCCAACACUCUGCAUGCAAGUUUCCUCAGCUACUGUCAGCAGGUUAUACGUAAGGAUAGACAACACGCUUUGCUGAAGCCAAAACAAAAUCUUGGACAUGCAGUCACGUAGCUUAUAGGAAACAUAAAAACUAAAUUUCAGUUGUACAUGAAUGAUCGUGUAUAUUUGCUUCCGUGCCUGCUGAUCUUCAUCAGUGCAGCCACUUUACCGCCAUUUUAGACGCUUUCAGCUGUGAUUUACGUAUGGUAAAACUAAUUAAUUGUGCGACUACCCUACAAAUUUCUGAGACGGCAAUCAGUGUAAAAGAGAGCUCCACGAUUUUCGUGAUAUCGUUGAAAAUGAAAUCUGGCUGUUAAAAAAGUUUGUGAACGGCUUUCAGUUCACUUUAGACUACUUCUCCUGGUGCUGAAGCGGAAGUUACAUUUCCUUCCAUGAUCGCUGAUUAACAAUAUCAACGUCAGGCUUGAUACCCCUGCUUCAACGCCAUUUAGGAAGAGAAUACAGCUUCAUUGCUGAGACUAGAAACAUCCUGCUUCAGUUAUGGCGAAAAAACAAAAGAUUCAGCUAUUGCGGAUGAACGAGAAUACUUGAAAAGGGGCCUUGCGAUACACUGAACCUUCAGACAGAACGGAGUUGUCGUACAGCUUCAACCUCGAUCAUGGAUGGUUUUCCAGAGAAAAAGGAAGCGCAUUACGAAAAGGAAACUCCAGUUAACGAUUAUGUCGAAGAUGGUCUUAAAGGAGGGAAACCUGCCUCAAGAAAAUGGACCAUUAUGCGGACCACCGCUAUCUUUGCAGUUAUCUCUCUCGUAGUUUGUGGAAUCAUUCUCACAGCAACCUUGUUGACUCGAAAAAAGCAAUUUACUGAGCGCUUAGUGGAGGUCAACUUAGAACCAGGUGAAACUCUGGUGUAUCAAGUCGAACAAGCUCUGGAAGUAAAGAGCGGAGAGCUUCAAAAAGGAACCUUAAGAACCAUCGUUGCACUUCAAGUGAAAAACAAGACUUCAGAAGAGUAUUGGUUCAUUUUAAAGAUCAUCAGCAUUACUGCUGAAGGAGAAAACUUGGAAAGAAUCGUUAACGUAGACCCGGGAAGACCGGUAUAUUUUUUGGUGAGGGUUGAGCGCACUUCAAGGUCUGAUGCGUCUAACUCCACUGAGGGAGACGAAUCAUUUGAAUUAUACGGAAACCAAAGGUCCGACGCAGAGUUCACUCGUUAUGUCCGAGCCAUGCUUACUCAGCUUCUCCCAACUGUUGAACGUAAUCUUUACGAACGUGUAGAUGGAGAGAAACCAGAACCAAAUUCUGAGCCAAAACCUGAAAAAUCUUCCAUGUUUCCCGGUAUUGUGAAGAUGCAUAGGGAGGCAAACACAUCGGAACAUGACGGAAUUUUGAUCAAGAAUCAUUUCAAUCGUUCAGAUGUCACCAAUAUGACAUCUGACAUUGACUUGGAGAUGUCAUAUGCUGAAUCGUCAGUUCUUAAGAAGAGCAACGGUAUGGUAGCUAAGAGUCAGGUUGAUUUGACUGAACAAUUGAAUUUUGGAGAGCCAAUUCGACUCAAGAAUGGUUCUACAGCCGACAUGAUGAACAUUACAUUCACGAGUAAGGUAACACUUCUUGAUGACGAAAAGUCUCGCAGAAGUUAUCUUAAAGACGACGAGUUAGCGGAUAUCAGCGUCCGUGGCUUCGUAAAGCUUCAUGCUCCAAAAUCUGACGUAAAGUUAGCGGUAAAGGGGUCCAAGCGAAAGGCUGUGAAAGAACCUACUGGUGAGUCAAGAGCAUCACAUGCCACCUUUGCCAACACAGAUGAAUCAGAAAAAAACUCGACCGCAGACUCGUAUGUCUCAAGAAACCGAACCCGCAGACAAGCCAUUACCAUUCUUAGGUCAGCCGAGAAGGAGGAGAGUGUAACACUGAUGGAUAAAAAGAUAUUUGGUGUCAACGCAAAAGUAGAGGAAACAUUUCGCAUCAAGUUACAGACUGAAGUAAAAAACGAAAUGACCGUUACUCUCCGUUUAGGCUCCGACUCGACGAGGCUAUUAGACGAAUCCUUCAGCGCCCAUCGAAGUAAGACCAAUAGUUGGUCCUUCUCGGUUUCAGUGGGUAUACAUGUUCCAGUAUUUAUCAUCUCCCUUGCUGUGAAAUUCAAACUAGGGAUAGCUGGUAGCCUCACAGUUAGCCAGGGCUACAACAUACAGUCAUCUCUGGCCUAUUACGCAACGGUUAGGCCAUCAUUGGCAGUGACAGCUUCUCUCCAUGGCUAUGUAUCAGUGCUCAACCUUCGGGCUGGUGUUCCUGGCGACGGUAACUUAAUGCGCGGAAGUCUUCCUCUCACAGUUUCAUUCAACGAAAAUCGCGCAUGCGUGGUUGCUUCUGCCGAUGUUAACAUUCUCGAACUGGAGGCUAGUAUUUAUUAUCAGUGGUUAAAAUGCCGCCUGGAAUGGUUCAGAAUCAAAUGCUCUUGGGGCACUCGCCGUAAUCUGCUCUCGAUCGGCAGAAUGUCCGCUAUCGCUCUGAGGCUAAAGCUGCUUGAAUUCUGCUGCUGAUUGGAAGCUUGUAAAAGAUCUUCAAUACGUAUAGCUAUGUUUCCUAAAACGUGAUUCGUUGAUGUACAUUGGCGCUGACUGGGGCCACUUAGCAUUUACUUCAACUUUCGUACACAAGAGAAGUUUUCAAUAAUAGGUAUCAUGAUAUUAAUUGGAAUCACGAGAACUUAAAAGUGAAGAAGUCAUUUGCUCUUUCUCUGUUCUUUUUAUUGUUGUGGUAGCUUUAGUAUUUACUGAUCUUGAUUGAUUUGAGAUAGACCUUGUCAUACUUUCAAAGAGCCAGCUGGCUAAUUUUUUUGUAAGCACCGAACAAACUGCUCAGUUAAAUUAAUGUCUAAAUUAAAGUAAAUUUGUUUUUCGUUAUACUUCCAUGGUUAACAUGAUACAUGCGUAAAAUUACCGUAGGCCGUGAAAAUGGAACUAACCAACAGUACUCUUUUUGAAGAGGGUGAUAGGAUUAAGUGUUAUUUGAUUUUUUUUUUCAAAUGUUAAGGGUCGUAGUGCAAGCUAAUAUUGAUGUGUUUUGGAGAUACCAUAUGUCCUCAUUAUAUAACCCAGCUACUUCCAGGAAAUUCAAAUUUGUACAGCAGAGCCAAUUGUCAUACGAACUACAACUUAAUGUGCCUCAGUGCUACAGAGAAACGGAAGGGGUAGGACUUUUCAUAUUCGUGGGGCAAAGGAAAUUCCUUUAGAUAUACGCAAAAAGGACACCGUUAGGUCUUUAAAAGAUCUGCCAUCCAAAAGUUCUUUUAGCAUAGUGUUAAGGUGGAACUUAUAUGUAUCAGAUAUAAGUAUAGGUUUUUUGCAUGAUUUUAGAUUAUUCAAAUAGAAUAGGGCAGAAAGCCACCAGUUAAUCAGUUUAUAGUAAUUUUAUAUGUUACCCUUUAUACAAUAUAUAAGUUGUUACUUAAUAACAUAAUGUUUAAAAGUUUAAUGUUUGGUAUUACAAAAAACAUAUUGUUAAGUCUACUAGCGGUUAGUUUACUCAAUAAAAAAAAGUUUUUCAAAC